UGGGACUCUGGCGGGCCGGAAGUAGUUUGGGGACCCCUGGCAUAAACCUUUGUUCUGUGAUGACUUAUUUAUCAAGAUCAAUAUCAUUUUGUCCUGCAUCCUUCAGAAGAGAAGUCCAACCCUACACAAUAAAAUACUAGAGUAGUUUCUAUGAGGACUCAACAUUUUAGUAACAACCAUACAUAAAUACCGUGAAAUCGAUCGUUUUUACGCGAAGCUUAUUAAAAUACUUGAACGAAUGCAGCUGAGAUAGGCUCCAGCACCCCCCGAAAGGGACAAGCGGUAUAAAAUGGAUGGAAUGAUUUUGCCUUUAAUUUGUCGGACACCCGGAAGUCGUGCUGAUUUCCGAGGACUUGACUGCGUGAGGUCGUUUGUGUUCCAACUUAGCGAAAGGAAAUAUUUGAUGCCCCUAAAUUCAAUUAGCAUUAGCAUUAGCGUGCCAGCAGAGUGGCAGAGAAAUGGGAGUCAUUCUAGCACCGCAGCAUGGGCGACGCUAAGCGGCACGACGACGCUGUGACGGCCGAGUUGAGGCUGCCCAUCACCGGGGAUUGUCAGCUGGACGAGGCGGUGCUGCGGUGGCUCAGCUGGGACAAGAACGUUCACACUCGCGCUGAGCUGCUGGCUCUGUUGGAGUGGCCUCAUGUGGACGAGCUGAGGUCCAGACUGAGCAGCAGGUUGACCUUUGGCACGGCCGGCCUCAGGGCACCCAUGGGGGCGGGCUUUAACCGCAUCAAUGACCUCACCGUCAUCCAGGCCACACAGGGCUUGUGCGCGUACCUGCUCAGGUGCGUUCCGGACACGGCCCACAGAGGUGUGGUGGUGGGCUUCGACGCCAGGGGCCGGCGUGAGAGCGGCUGCAGCAGUGAACGGCUGGCGGCGCUCACGGCCGCCGUGAUGCUGAGCAGAGACGUCCGCGUGCACCUCUUCUCCAGCUACGUCCCCACGCCGUACGUGCCUUUUGGAGUCGUGGAGUUGGGCGCGGCGGCCGGCGUCAUGAUCACAGCGUCCCACAACCCUAAAGAGGACAAUGGCUACAAGGUGUACUGGUGUAAUGGCGCUCAAAUCGCCUCCCCUCACGACAAAGGCAUCCUGAAAAGCAUGGAGGAGCAUCUGGAGCCCUGGAGCGCCUCCUGCUGGGACGUCCAGCUGGUCCACACGAGCCCCCUGAGGACAGACCCCCUGAGCCACGUGGACCGCCGCUACCUGGACCAGCUCGCCGGUCUCUGCUUCCACAGACAGAUCAACAGCAGGUGUCCUCUCAAGUUCGUCCACUCGUCCUUCCACGGCGUGGGACACGUCUUCGUCCGUCAAGCCUUCCAAGCGUUCGGGUUCCCUCCACCCAUUCCGGUGCCGGAGCAGAAAGACCCAGACCCGGACUUCCCGUCUGUGCGCUGUCCCAACCCGGAGGAGGGCGAGUCUGUCCUGGAACUCGCUCUACUUCUGGCCGAGAAGGAAAAGGCCCGCGUCGUCCUGGCGACGGAUCCUGAUGCGGAUCGACUGGCGGUGGCGGAGACGUGCGACAGGUGUCGCUGGAAGGUUUUUUCCGGGAACGAGCUGGCGGCGCUCCUGGGCUGGUGGAUGCUGUUCUCGUGGAAGGAGACGCACGACGACCCCGCUGACCUGCAGCACGUCUACAUGCUCGCCACCACCGUGUCCUCCAAAAUCCUGCAGGCUCUGGCCCGCGUCGAAGGCUUCCACUUCGAGGAAACUCUCCCGGGCUUCAAAUGGAUCGGAAACCGGAUCCACGAACUCACCGGAAGCGGAAAGACCGUUUUGUUUGCCUUCGAGGAGUCCAUCGGCUUCCUGUGCGGCGCGCUGCUUCCUGACAAGGACGGCGUGAGCACGGCGGCCGUGGUGGCCGAGAUGGCCGCUUACCUCCACCACAGGAAGCUGAGCCUCCAGCAGCAGCUGCACAACAUCUACCUGACGUACGGCCAUCACGUCUCCACGAGCUCCUACGUCAUCUGCAACGACGCCGCCACCGUCCACAAGAUCUUCGCCCGGAUCAGAGACUUCGACGGCCGAGGCUCGUACCCCGACACCUGCGGCGGCGUGCGCAUCGUGCACGUGAGAGACGUCACCACGGGAUACGACAGCAGUCAGCCUGAUUGCCGCUCGGUUCUCCCCGUGAGCAGGAGCGGUCACAUGAUCACCUUCACGCUGCACAACGGCGUGGUGGCCACGCUGAGAACGAGCGGCACGGAACCCAAAAUCAAAUACUACAGCGAGCUGCGCGCCACGCCCGGAACCAGUGAGGUGUGCUGUCUGGAGGCGGAGCUUAAGCAGGUGACCGACGCGCUGGUGGAGGAGUUUCUCCAGCCGGAGAGAAACAAGCUGAUUCGCCGCAUUGUGUGAAGUCCUCGUUCUUCUACGGACUGCCACAGAGGGCGCCGCUGCCUCGCUUGCCUCGCCGCCGUCAGCUCCAAAUCAACCACAUCAAACGCGUCCCACAAGAUGGCCUCCAUCUGCUCGCCGCCGCACGUCGCCGCUGCAAGCUGAGGGAAUGAGUGAC